AUGACCGGCCUUUGUGCCGAACGCGUGUUCGCAGCAGCAGAGUUACACGAAACACACGACACCAGCACAAGGGGACUGCGCGGCGACACCAUCCCUCCCUCCCUCUCUACACCAAUGGAAGGCUCGCCGGCGACGUGUCUCCCCGAGGCCGACGCGCUCCCCGAUGGCUUCGUCGAGAGCUCCUCCGCCGACCAGGCCCAGCCAGUCUCCUCCGCCCCCGCCUCCGCCGCCGGCGAUCCCCUGCAUCCCGCCCUCGGCCCUGAUCACGAGGGCGCCGCCCGCGCCGACGGCGAGGAAACCCUAGGCGCUCCAUACACCCCCGCCGACGCCGCCGAUGCCCUGCGGAGCCUCUCCAUGGCCGCCGCCGCUUCGGAGCCGGAGCGUGCCCCCGAGCAGCAGGGGCCCGCCGCAGACAUAGGAGGUGCCAAAGAUGCAAUGAAGGAGAGCUUUGUGGUAGAGCAAUCGGAACCGCUGGCCAAUCCAAAGGAUAGUGGCGAGCCAAAGCGUAAGGUCGUGAAGCGCAACAGUAAGCUAGAGAAGGACAGGGAGUUGUUGCAACUUGCCCAGAGGUACCAUGGAGUGGUAGCGGAGAGGGAUGCAGUUCCUUGGGAUGCGGUCCAAGUGUCAAAAUGAGAUUACGGAGACAUUAUCAUCAGAGAAGUAUGUGCUUCAUCAGCUACCAGCAGUAGAGACUUAGGUCGAUGAUCCUUUUGAAGGCUUGAACCGUAGGAAUCAUCUGUGUAGCCAUAGGAGAUGGUCAUUUUCACAGUCCGCUCAACUGAGUUUCUUUUUUUGAGUUGAUCGAAUACUGCCUUCCUUAUCAAGGGCCCAAUAAAUUGUAACACAGUACUCUGACGUGUGAACAAUCAGAUUUUGUAUGUCAUUUCUUGGAAGCUACUCCCUCCGUCCCAUAAUAUAAAGCGUUUUUGACACAGUA